AUGACAUCCGUCGAUGACCUCUUCCGGAAACACAACGCGGGUUCCAAACGUAAACUCGAAGACCCUACGACCACCUUCUCCCGUCCCCUCUCCAACAAAUCCACCAAGUUGACCAACGGAUCCUCUCCGCGUAGCCUGGUCAAUGACGCUUUCGAUUCCAAUGAUUCUGGGGGCAAGGCUGCUUUUCCUCAAGACGAAACACUAGAUGGUCAAGAUGACGUCGAAGCCGGACCAACACUACCGCCCGAAGAGGUAGAGGACGAGCCGGGUGACGAUGAGGAGGGACGCUUUUUUGGGGGUGGGGUCACAAAGCAAGAGCGCGAGGUUAUAGAUUUCAUUGACAAAAACGACGACGGUGAUGCAGAUGAGAAAUUCGACUCCGCCUGGCUGCGACGCACCGCCAUCAACUUCGAGCGGAAGAUCAAUAAGAAUGCCGAGUUGCGUGCCAAAUAUGAAAGUGAUCCCAUCAAGUUCGUGGGGAGCGAGGCAGAUCUGGAUGCCGAAAUCAAAGGCUUGAGCCUGCUCAGUGAGCAUGGCGAGUUGUACGGCGAAUUUGUCAAAAUGGGUUGCUUGGGCAGUCUGGUUGGCCUGCUCGCCCAUGAGAACACUGAUAUCGCCAUUGCUGUCUGCGAACUGCUCGCAGAGCUGACUGACGAAGAUUCUGCAACCACUGAAGACCAGUGGAAAACCUUGGUGGGGGCUAUGGUUCAGAAUGACCUUGUGGAUCUUCUCUCGAGCAACCUGGCUCGACUUGACGAGGAAAACGAGAGCGACAGAGCAGGCGUGUACCACAUCUUGAACGUCCUCGAGAACAUUCUCUCUGGCUCCGAUAACCAGGAAGUUGUUGGAGCCAACAACAACAUGAUGCAAUGGCUUCUCCAAAGGAUAAAGAAGAUCGAUCUCAAUGCCCGUGGCAAGGUCGGGCAAAAUCGCCAAUAUGCGGCGGAAAUCCUUGCCAUCCUCCUGCAGACCAACCGCAUGAAUCGAGAUCGCAUAGCACAAAUGGAAGGCGUCGACACGUUUAUGGAGCUACUGAGCGCAUAUCGCAGGCGAGACCCGGAGAAGGAUUCGGACGAGGAAGAGUUCGCCGAAAAUUUGUUCGAUUGUUUGGCCUGUGUCGUCGAGGAGAGAUUUGCAGGUGAGAAAUUUGUCGAAGGUGAAGGCGUCGAAUUGUGCCUCAUCAUGCUCCGAGAAGGUCGGCUGGCAAAGGCGAGGGCAUUGCGAGUCCUUGACCAUGCUAUGAGUGGAGGCAACGCCAUUGCAGUUUCAGUGAGACUGGUGGAGGCAGCUGGACUCAAAACAAUUUUCGGCAUGCUCAUGAAAAGCCACAAAACGGAAAGGAGUCUGGUCGAACAUCUAAUCGGCAUUCUGGCCAGCUUGCUAAGAUAUCUUCCGGGAGGCUCCGCUGCAAGAAUACGUACGCUGGCCAAAUUCGUCGAAAACGACUACGAGAAGAUCUUGAGGCUGGUUGAGCUGCGGCGCGAGUACAAGGCUCGGCUCAGCAGGGUUGAGGCCUCAAUUAGGAGGGAGCGUGAGCAACUGAGUAGCUCGGAAGUCGAAGCACUCGCUGACGAGUGGCUAUCUCGGCGCCUCGAUGCCGGACUAUUCUCUCUGCAAGCCAUUGAGUUAAUCCUCAGCUGGAUGGUGGCAGAGGAUAAUGGUGCUCGGCAGACGAUAUCGGUCCUACUUGGUGAAGAUGGACUCAAGAUACUAGAACGGAGCCUAAGAGAUCAACUUGAUGGAAUGGAUCCCGGCCAAAGCGAUGAGGCCAAAUCUACGGAAGAGAUGCUGGAAGCACUGCUCCUGUGCGUCGAGCAGUAG